AUGAUUUUUGAAACCAUCUUUCAUUUCAUUUACCGUCUUUCUAUUCUUCCUUCUCGUUUCUGCUUUCCCACUCAUCAUUCUUUCUUUCUUUCUGUCUUUCUUUCUUUUUUUAGCAUUUUAAGGAAUUUCCUUUUUUUUCCUUUCUUUUCAUUUCCCUUCAUCUUUCUUUUUCCUUUCUUUCUUUCUUUUUCUUUCUUUCUUUCUUUUUUUCUUUUUUCUUUAUUUCUUUCUUUCUUCUUUCUUUUCUUUCUUUCUUUCUUUUCCCUUUCUAAUGAAUCUUUCUUUCUUUCUUUUAUCUUUCUUUCAUUGAAUCAAAUUCAAAAAAUAUCCUCCUCUUAUCUUUCAUCCCCAUAUUCUUCUUUCUUUCAAUCUUUCUUUCUUUCUAUCUUUCUUUCUUAUAUCUAUCUCUUUCUUUCUAUGAUUUUCUUUCUUUCGAUAUUUUUUUUCUUGAUUCUUCUUUCUUUCUUUAUAUUUUUCUUUGUUUAUAUAUCUUUGAUAACGCAAAUUAAUCCUUCUUUUCUUUUGUUUUCUUUUUUUAAUGUCCCAACCAUUCAUUUUUCUUCUUUUUUUUUAUUCUCUUUCUUUUUCCCAACCUUCUUCCUUUGA